ACACGGCUGCGCAUCCCUGGUCGGAGCUGUCAGGAAAAACUCCCAGGAGCAUGAGGCAGGCUGAUAGCUUUGGGGAACUGCUUUCCAGGUGAACACUGUUAGACGAAGAGCUGAAGAGCCACGGAGGGACCAGUCCUUGUCCCGGACGCGAGCGGCUACAAGAACCCGCUGGAAGCUCGACUUGUUUUGGUUGUUUGGUGUGAUUUCUCUACACUUUCCACUCUGCAGACGUUAUCCAGAGGCGAGACUGCUGCUGCUUUAGUAGUUUAAGCAGCUGCCGGGGUUUACAGCAGGGUUAUUGCAGCCCCUUGGAAAAGACCCCUCUUGUACUUCGGGUCUGGUGUGUGUAGAGACUCACGUAGGCAUAGCGGAGUCUGAUGCAGAAGUGAGGACGGGGUUUGGGUGAAUUUGUGGAUCUCAGUGGCAUCGUUUCAUUGCGCAAAUUAAAUCAAUAACUGUUUUGAAGAUCGCCCCCCCAAGACCGAAGUCCGGCAACCUCCCAUCUUUCUUCCGUGUUGCCGUCACCAUUGUGCAAGGACUAUGUUGAUGAAGGAGUACCGCAUCUGCAUGCCUCUCACAGUGGAGGAGUACCGGAUUGGCCAGCUGUACAUGAUCAGUAAACACAGUCAUGAACAGAGUGAACGUGGGGAGGGGGUGGAGGUGGUCCAGAAUGAGCCGUACGAGGACCCCGAGCACGGAUCAGGCCAGUUCACAGAGAAACGAAUCUACCUCAACAACAAGCUGCCCAGCUGGGCCAGAGCAGUGGUCCCUAAAAUUUUCUAUGUGACAGAGAAGGCUUGGAACUAUUACCCGUACACUAUCACAGAGUACACGUGCUCCUUCCUGCCUAAGUUUUCCAUCCACAUAGAGACCAAAUACGAGGACAACAAAGGCAACAAUGAUAAUAUCUUUGGCAGCGAGCCCAGAGAGGAGGAAACAGAGGUGUGGUUUGUGGACAUCGCCUAUGAUGAAAUCCCCGAGCGCCACUACAAGGAGUCAGAGGACCUGCGGCAUUUUAAGUCGAAGAAGACCAACCGAGGCCACCUGCAGGAAGGAUGGAUCAACAACCAGGACCCCAUCAUGUGCUCCUACAAACUGGUCACAGUCAAGUUUGAAGUCUGGGGCCUGCAAACACGUGUGGAGCAGUUUGUACACAAGGUGAUUCGAGAUGUCCUGCUUUUAGGACACAGACAGGCCUUUGCCUGGGUGGAUGAGUGGAUUGACAUGACCAUGGAGGAAGUCAGAGAGUAUGAGCGUGCCACACAAGAAGCCACUAACCUGAAGAUUGGCUCCUUCCCCCCCGCCAUCUCCAUCUCAGAGACCCCUCUGCCAUGCAGCACCCGCAGUGGCCCUAACAGCGCCCCAUCCACUCCCCUCUCCACAGAAGCCCCCGAGUUCCUGUCAGUGCCAAAGGAGCGUCCCAGGAAGAAGUCAGCUCCAGAGACCUUGACCCUGCCGGAUCCGGGCCGCAGGGAUUCAAUCUUCAAGCUGCCCAGCUUUUUCUCCUGGAACUCCAGUCCGCAGCCAGAAUGAGAGCGAGGCUGUGCCACUGGUGAACACCCUCGACCUGUGGAUCAGUGGAGGAUGCCUGCCCAGCACAGCCCACAAUGCCCCCUCAGCCAGCUGAAGUGAAGGAGACACUUUUCUCUGCCCUGGUGAUCCAAGCCCCUUCAGCAGACCCGCCGGUGUUACAAGCAAAGCAGACAGCUCUCAGGCUGCCUUUACAGGUACAGACAGGCAGCCCCUGAUCUCCACAGCAAAAAAGCCCUGCAAGGUUGAUAGGUAUAGUGCUUCUCAUUGAGAGUCUCACAAACGCUGGAGGCUCCUCAUUCUUCUCUCCUCCUCAGACAGCCAGCACCAUGCAUCAGACAGCACGGAGUCCAAUUAGUCAGAUUGAGUGUAGCGCACAUUCCUGAAUACGUUUUAUCCCACAGAGAAUCAUCUUACUUUCAUCCAAGCUCAGGGUGUGUUGAGAUUCAGUCACUGCACAUAAACUUUAUAUGUACAAAAUUUGUUUUUAUUUUCUGUUUUACCUUUAAGCAUCAGAGUCUCUGGUUUUGUUGUUGGGUCGGAUUCUCGUUGGCCGCUGUAUCAGUUGAGUAUUAUGUUUUCCACAGUCAGGUGUAAGGUGAUUGUGUAUUCUUGUAUAUACUGUAUGAACAUUAUUUAACCGGUAAAAUGUCUACAAGUACUUCAAAAAGAUUAUCCCAUCCAGUGAUGACGCUGCUAUGAAAUUACUCUUGUGUAUUUUCAUAGGGACAGGACUCUCUAUCUUCUGUAAGUGUUUGUUUAUUAUAGUGAGUCCUGUCACCCACUGGGUCUGUAAAUGACUUCUGUAAUUGCAUGAUUUUGACUCAAGAGGAUGUUUUUAAAUAUUUGUGAAUUCAAUGUUCUCUCUGUUUUCUUUAUCUCGGCCUCAUAUUUGAUGUUGUGUUUCAACUGAGUUUUUACAGACUGGUUAUGCGGUUUGCAUGUUGUUUUUUCUGCUUUAUUCAUUUCAACUGUAUUCAUUUUUAAGUCAUACUAUUGAUGGGUUUUGUACACAGUAAAUUAAAUGAAAUUCUGUUGUAUCCAUAA